ACAACCGGUCUGACUCCAUUUCCCAUCAUACCGCUCGGUGAUUUCUCCGGAAGAAAACCUCCGCUUUUCCUUUGCUCUUCCUCUUUACGUCAACGGCGUCUAGUACACGAUGGGACGUGUGAUCAGGGGACAGAGAAAAGGUGCGGGCUCUGUGUUCAAAGCUCACGUCAAGCACAGAAAAGGUGCCGCCAAACUCCGUCACAUUGACUUCGCUGAACGCCAUGGUUACAUCAAGGGGAUUGUGAAGGACAUCAUCCAUGACCCCGGGCGCGGUGCUCCUCUGGCCAAAGUCGCCUUCCGUGAUCCGUAUCGGUUCAAGAAGAGGACAGAGCUCUUCAUCGCUGCUGAGGGCAUCUACACUGGACAGUUCAUCUACUGUGGCAAGAAGGCUCAGCUGAACAUCGGCAACGUUCUGCCCAUUGGCACAAUGCCUGAGGGAACCAUCGUUUGCUGUCUGGAGGAGAAACCUGGCGACAGAGGCAAACUCGCCCGUGCUUCAGGAAACUACGCCACAGUCAUCUCACACAACCCUGACGCCAAGAAGACCAGAGUCAAACUGCCUUCAGGCUCCAAGAAGGUCAUGUCAUCCGCCAACAGAGCAGUUGUUGGUGUGGUUGCUGGAGGUGGUCGUAUUGACAAGCCCAUUCUGAAGGCUGGUCGCGCUUACCACAAAUACAAGGCCAAGAGGAACUGCUGGCCACGUGUCCGUGGUGUGGCUAUGAACCCUGUUGAGCAUCCCUUCGGUGGUGGUAACCAUCAGCACAUUGGCAAACCUUCAACAAUCAGGAGGGAUGCGCCUGCUGGUCGUAAGGUCGGUCUUAUCGCUGCCCGUCGUACAGGCAGACUGCGCGGAACAAAGACCGUCCAGGAGAAGGAGAACUAAAUACGAGAUUCUUCUUAUAAUAAAAUGUGUUCCAAAAACCGAAC